GAAGAUUCACUGCAAAGUAAAAAGCUAUAAUAAGCUGAACAUUGCAAGUGCAUGAUUCAUCAUCAAGAGUUGAAAAUGGAGAUUGAAGAAGUUUGUGAAGCACAAGCACUUCCAUUGCUCUCAUUGAAUCAUGUGUCUCUCAUGUGUAGAUCAGUGUGGGAGUCUAUGAAAUUUUAUGAAGAUGUUUUGGGCUUUGUCCCCAUCAAAAGACCAUCUUCUUUCAAAUUUACUGGAGCAUGGUUUUAUAAUUAUGGUAUUGGAAUACAUUUGAUUCAAAAUCCAGACGUUGAUGAAUUUGAUACAUAUGUCAACGAAUCAAGGCCUAUUAAUCCAAAGGAUAACCAUAUCUCGUUUCAGUGUACAGAUGUUGAUCUUGUAAAGAAGAGAUUAGAAGAAAAGGGGAUGAGAUAUGUUACAGCAUUGGUAGAGGAUGAAGGAAUCAAAGUGGAUCAAGUGUUCUUCCAUGACCCUGAUGGAUACAUGAUUGAGCUAUGCAACUGUGAGAAUAUUCCAAUCAUUCCUAUUUCUUCUUGCUCUGCCUCUUUCAAACCUAGAAACCAUAGCUUUAAGAGGAGUUCUUCUAAGUGUGGAUUCAUAGAGAAUGUUAUGAUGGAAAACUUGAGCUUGGACAUGAUGAACUUUGCCUUUUAAAAGUGAAGAACAUUAAGUCAACUUCCUUUUUUUGUAAGAAAAUUAUGAUAGGUUUUAGUGGAUAAUUAAGAAUGUAAAAUUGUUAGUAUUGGUUUGAUUGUGAGAGAAGAGUGGUUCAAAGAAAAAUUGUAUUGUAUUGUGUUUAUAUGAUGUUUGUGUUUAAAAAUAAUAUUAACUAUUAAGAAGUUGUGAGGUUGUUCUACUUGUAUCUCAUA